GACGUAUUUUUAAAGGCGGGCAGGAAAUCUCUGUUCCCAUUGUAAAUCCAAAUAACUGGUGUAAUGAUCAAUUGUUUAAGCUCCGCAGACAAAAUAAACUACUACUUAAUCUUGGAAUAAUUCUGACUUAGUUAUCCUACCGAGAUGUUUGGCUGUGAUUAACACAAUCAUUUAUAUGUAAACGCUUUUCAACUUAAAAAACAUCAUUUUACAGUCAAACUAAAAAAUUAUCAAACAAAUAUGCGAAUUUAAUGGUUUAAAUGCUGCAUUACCAAAGCAGAAGCAAUCCAAAUAGUUGACAUAGUACAAUUUGCUGAUUUGAUAUGGCGUGGCCCAACACCAAGCAUCCUCUUCCGCAGAGCUUCAAAGGACUUUCAUCUUUAUUUCCUGUGUCUUAGUCUCAUACAAAUAUUCCCCACAAUAUUUGCAAUCUAUGUAAUAUAAAAUUUUCGUACGGCAGAGAGUCUGACAUCUCCAUCUUUCUUCCUUCUUCGCUGUUUAGUUGGCCCCCACGACACUUAUCUUUCAAUGCAUUUUCUUAGAUGUUGCUCUGCUGCUUCCAGUUCCUGAAUAAUUUUGUUUAAAUGAGAGAGUAAAAAUCUAUAAAAAACCCUGAAGAGCUCCAAUUGCCAAACAAGCCGCAGGGGACGAGAAGCCAUGGAUGUAGAUUUGCUAAACCCUCCAAAGUUCAGUGUUGGCCAGGAGCUUGGAAGUUUGAUUGCUACCUGUGGGAUCCUGACCAAGGCCUGGGAGGGGAUAUGCAGUAUUUCCAACAAUAAAGGAGACAGUUUUCUUCUGGUAAAAGAUGAAGAUGUAGCAUAUGUCAUCUUCCCUUCGUUUCAUAACGAAGAUUUCAUUGUCACAGAUAGCAAAUAUGGAGAGUGUAAUAUCCAGAAUGACAAGAUUUUCUCUGCUGGCCUAAAGGGUGAUGAUGAUAAUCCAGCUCUUGUUCACAAGGGAGCUCUCAACCGAUUCCGGCAAUUUCUGGAAAAUCAAGAUUUCAAGGCCAAGGUGGAAGGUUUAAAGGAACAAGCCAUUAUAUUUGUUGGGCAUUCCAUUGGAGGUGCAGUGGCAGCCCUGGCCACUCUCUGGUUUCUAGAAAAGCGAUUGAGAAACUCCAAUUCCUUUUGCAUUACAUUCGGUGCUCCUUUGUUUGGAAAUGCUAUAAUUCGGGAGGCACUUGGGUGCGAGGAUUGGUUGGGCAGAUUUUGUCAUGUUGUGUGCAAGUAUGAUAUUGUUCCUAGGAUGAACCUUGCACCAUAUGAAUCAACUGCCAAGCCUUUGGAUGCAAUUGUACCUCACUGGUGGAGCAAAAUGGGUAUUGACUGUGCUGCUGUAUCACAUUUUUCUAUUUCAGAAGCUUGCAUGGCUCUUGUUAAUAGCGUCCUGAAGUGCACAUCUACAAUAGCAAACAAUUACCCCGGAGAAUCUGGUCUUAGAAGCCCAUUUGUACCCAUCGGUACUUAUAUGUUCUGUUCAACCCAUGAUGCGGCUUGUUUUGAGGACUCUGAAGCUGUUCUUAAGUUGCUGCAUUUCAGUAUGCAAAGCCAAGAUGGAAUACCAUUCGAUCAAAUUGCAGGCAUCUGUAUUUCAGAGCACACGGAUUAUGGUCAUAUGUUAGAAGAUAUCGAUGGAGCCUUGCUAAAUGCAAGACAGUUUGCAAACUUUGUCUCAAACUCGUCCUUCGAGAUUGGAAUAGCCUUAGAAUUGGAAGCAAUCGGUGUUGGAGCUCAGCAGGACAAUCAUGCACUGUUUGCUCUCAGAAAAGCUGGAGAAGAGAAAAAUGAGAAAGAUAGGAACAUUGAGAAACUCAAUGUGGAGUUGAGCACGAACCAGAGUUCCAUGGCAGAGCUGGAAUGGUAUAAAAUGCGUUGUAAGAAUAACAACAUUGGCUAUUAUGAUGCUUUCAAGCAACUUGUUGAAAAGAAAGACUUUAAGGUAAAUUUGCACAGAAAAAAGUUGGAAAGCUUCUGGGAUGAGAUCGUUGACAAGGAAAAGAAGCAUGUAUUGCCCAGUGACUUCCGAACCAGAAAUAAAUGGAUCAAUGCCGGCACUGCAUAUAGAAGACUUGUAGAGCCUUUGGACAUUGCAUACCACUACCAUACAGAUAAGGGACAUAAGAGCUAUCUUUCAGAUGGGGUCCGACCGCAUCGUCACAUAGUGCUGGAGAAAUGGAUGAAAGAAAAAGAGCAAACUCGCACUGGUGGUAACAGAGGAAGAAGGGGUCGCACAAAUUUCGCAUCCUUAACUCAGGACUCAUGUUUUUGGGCUCAUUUAGAAGAGGCUUGUAAAGCCUUGGUAAAUCUCCAACAAGAGCAAGACAUAAAUGCCUCUCUGCAAGUGUGUGUUGAGUUCGAGAAAUACGUUGGGAGUAUGAUCACAGAUAAGAGUAUUUCUCUAGAGGUAUUUUUGGAUCAGAGUAGCUUCAUGAUUUGGUGGCAACAAUACAGUGAUUUUCAAUCCCCACAGUGGAAAUCAAGCUCUUCCGUGUUUGACUUCAUGGCAAAGGAGGGAUGGAAGAAGAAAGUUUAAAAAGGCUUUUGCCACACCGAGAGAUAUCAUGAAGUACAUCAAAUUAGUACUAGUUAUCUGAUACCAUAUAUGGGGGUUGAGUUUGCUUGGUAGAUGGACACAAAUAACUUUUGCUCUAAAUAUAGUUAGUGUUCCAUGUAUGCUUUUAUUUGCUUUUAAGAGUGUUCCAUGUAUGCUUUUAUUUGCUUUCAAGAGUGUUCCUAUCAGAUCUUUGGAUUUGAUGUAUGGUUGGAAUUGGUUGAUUUGCAAGUUUGUUUUUUAAUAAAGUA